AUGGAUCUCAGUCAGAACCACAUCCACAAUCAAUCUGCGGCCAACCUCUACUACCAGUUCGGUUCAGACAAUCCUUUCCCCGGCAUGGGGACACAGCAGCAGUUUCCACCAUUCACCUCGCCGUUCGGUGCUUCUCCAUCCACCAAUAUCCCACACAUGGAUUGGAACCCUGCUACGAUGCUAGACAACCUCACCUUCAUCGAGGAGAAGAUACGGCAAGUGAAGGAUGUCAUCCGUACAAUGGUGGACAGUGGGGGGCAGCUUUCGUGCCACCAAGGCGAGCUCUCGCUCCAGAAGCAGCAGGUAGUUAAUGCAGACCUGACAUGCCUUAUAGUUCAGCUCAUCUCUACCGCCGGGAGCCUUCUCCCGUCACUGAAGAACUCGUCCUUUCUGAGCCAUCCUGCUGCUGGGCACAUGGACAUGGCUAACCAUGUUGGCCCAAGCUCAGGCUUAGUUCCUAAUGCGAUGACCGUUUCUGAAGAGAACAAGGAGGACAUGUGUAGCCCUGAAGACUAUGAGGAACUUUUCAAGGGAUGGACUGAUGGUGCUAUCGAAGAAGGCAUUGAAAUCGACAAUGUUCUUGUCGAGGAGCAGGAUAUGAAGGAUGGCGAUGAAGGCAAAGAUGGAGAGAACCUACCGCCAGACACUGUCGAGGCUGCCACUAUCCGAAUAGUGGAGAUGCUUACAAUUUUUCCCCUGGUGUUCAGAACUUUCAAAAGAUGUUGCCGAUUCUUGAGAGUUGAGAAGGAUCUGGUGGCUAUGACUGAGAAAGCUGCCCAGAAUGAUGCUCUCAAGGCUAAGGUUGAGGCUCUCCAAGGGCAACUCGACGUGAAAAAAUCACUGGCCCUCUUGAAAGAAAGAAUGGCCUAUGCUGAUGCCAAGCAUAACAAUACGAAGACCCAAUGUGAAUCUCUCAAGAGCCAGAGCCAGGUUGAGGAGAUCCCUGGGCUUAGAUCCCAGGUUAAAGCUCUGGGUGAGGUUGGAACUGCUCUCAGAUGUGAGAAAGCAGGGCUGGAGGCCGAAUUGAAGCCAGCGAGACCAGAGUUGGAGAAAUGUCAGAUUGAGGUGAAAUCCUUGAGAAAGAGGAUUCAGACGCUUGAUGAUGAUGAGGAGGAGGUUGCUUGGCUUGGCUCGGGGGAGCAUCAUAAAGCUGCUAUUACUGCUUUUGAAGUCGAGCAGGAUAAAAUGAUCCGGGAUAAGUCUGCGCAGGAUUCUGAAAUCGAAACUUUUCAUGCCGAGCUGAAGAAAUUCAAAAGCCAGGUGGAGUCCUACAAGAGCCAGCUGAAGGCUGCUAAGCUUGAGAAGAAGGCAGCAUUGGAGAAACUAAAGACUUCCAAAGAGAAAGCCAAAUGCCACCUGAUCGAUACUCUCACUUCCUGUUCAGGCUACCUUUUGGCGCUUGUUCAGUCUGCCAAUCCAGAUUUCGACCCCUCCAGCAUCGACUGGGCCUUCCGUCGUCCAGAUCCUGACGCCGAAGCUCUGAUAUAG